AUGUACGACUAUCUGAUACCCAAACAAUUGGAUGAAAUUCAAGACAAAGUGCGCCUCAUUGAUCGUUAUGAUCUGAUGAAAAUGUAUCGUUCACGUGUAUGUGAGGAGGAGAAACAAGCCGUUUUUGGUGAUGUGCAAUUACAACAUCAAGAUCUGAUUCGGUUUCACGAGCAACGACGUCGUGAAUUGAUUGAACGGAUCCACCCCGGGAAGGCACUCGAGAAAACUCGUUUUUCAGGCUAG